AUGGUGCUUCGAGAGGACGCUGUCCCCGUAGUACAGCCAACCCGGCGCGUGCCUUACGCACUCAGAAAGCCACUCAAGAAAGAGCUCGACCGGAUGUGUGCCGCGAACAUCAUUGAAAAAGUGGAAGAGCCGUCGGACUGGUAUGUUCCAGGCAGCAAAUUAGUUGUUGCUGACACCUUGUCAAGAAUCCCAGCCCAGGAACACCCAGGCAAGGGCACAACAGAUGUUGAAGUUCAUGCUGUUGGCGUCCUUACUUCAAGUGUGGGUCCAGCCAGUCUCUCCCGUCUGCAGGCAGCAACGGCCAGUGAUGAAACGCUGCAAGAUGUCAUUUCGAGAUUGCAGUCGUCAAUCCCACGUACUAUUUCAAGUCCGCAUUUUCCCAGAUCCAAUGGACUCGCCGAGAAGGGCGUUCAAGUGGUCAAGCGGAUUCUGGACAAGACGGAGAGGAGUAAAGAGGAUUUCUAUUUGGGCCUUCUGAACUACAGGGUGUGUCCUCUUGAGGAUGGCCGGUCGCCAGCAGAGCUGCUGAUGGGACGAAGUCUCAGAACGCUGCUUCCAGAUUUCUCAGUGUCACCCCCAAGACGCCGCCCCGCAGCAGUGCCGCCGCCGCCAACGUCAUACCGCCCGCCUGUCGGCCAACGCUACGCUCCCACCAAGACCGACGUUUCGCGCACCCCUGACCACCACCGGCGCGGCUACAACUACGGGGAAGCCGGCCAUACCUACCACCGCUACCAGUACUGCCAGAGGGGCUACACGGCUUCGCCGUCAAUGCGCCCUGUCCACAGCGGGGUGAACGACAACUCGACAUCACCGACUACCUCGAAAGAGCGCAAUGGACACCCCGACGACCUUCCCGCUCGCAUUCUCUAG